GCCGUGGCCUCUCGCUGCCCUGGGGGCUUCCCCCGGGUCCGUGGAAGCCCUGGGGGCGCGCGGGGCGGCGCGCGCGCGGGGCGCCGGAGACCGCGGGUCCCGGGGCCCCGCGCGCGGGGGGAGGCCGCCCUUCCGCCGCCCGGGCGGGUGGCUGUUGUUGGCUUGCUGGCUCUGGCUGCCCGCGCGCUGCCCCGGCCGCUCCCCUGGCGCCGGCGAGCUGCGAUGCCUGCAGAUGUCGGCCUUCGCCAACCGCAGCUGGGCGCGCUCCGACGGCCUGGGGCUGGUCGGGGGGCUGCGCGCCUACGGCUGGGGCGGCGCCUCGGACGCCGUGCGCUUCCUCAAGCCCUGGGCCCGGGGCUCGUGGGGCCAGCGGCAGUGGGACGACCUGCAGCGCCUGUUCCGCGUGUACCGCAGGAGCUUCACCCGCGACGUGCAGGAGUUCGUCAAAAUGCUGCGCUUGGACUAUCCCUUUGAGAUCCAAGUGUCCGCUGGCUGUGAGGUUCUCCCCGGGAACACCUCACAAAGCUUCUUCCACGCGGCCUUCCAAGGACAGGAGAUCCUCCGUUUCCAAGGCACUUCUUGGGUGCCCGCCUCAAGUGCGCCCGUCUGGGCAGACAGGGCCUCCAGGAAGCUCAACGAGGACCAGGGGACCAGGAAAACGCUACAGUUGCUUCUCAAUGACACCUGCCCCCUGUUUGUCAGGGACAUCCUCGAGGCAGGGAAGUCGGAGCUGGAGAAGCAAGUGAAGCCCGAGGCCUGGCUGUCCAUUGGCCCCAGUCCCAGUCCUGGCCGUCUGCUCCUUGUGUGCCAUGUUUCCGGCUUCUACCCAAAGCCAGUGUGGGUGACGUGGAUGCGGGGUGAGCAGGAGCAGCCGGGCACCCGGCGCAGCGACGUCCUGCCCCACGCUGACGAGACGUGGUAUCUUCGGGUGACCCUGGACGUGGCGGCCGGGGAGGCGGCCGGCCUGUCUUGCCGAGUGAGGCACAGCAGUCUAGGAGGCCGGGACAUGGUCCUCCACUGGGGGUCCCCCACGGGGCUGAUCGCCGUGGCCGUGCUGGUGUCCCUUAUGAUCACUGGGUGCGUUGGAUACUUAACCCUCAAGAGGCGCUGCUCCUAUCAAAACAUCCUGUGACUGUGCCUACAGCACCUGUUGGCCUGGGACUCAGGACCCCAAGUUCCCAGGACGGCAGGUCAGCCGCUGAGGGUGAAAGAGAGGUGCCCUGAAGAAGCAGGCGGUUGUCACAAGGCUGCUCUCAUCACAUCCUUUCGACAUUUCAUCUAAGAAGAUUUAAGUUCUUUUCCACUGUCCUGCAAGUUUCUAAGCCCAAGUGGUUCUACAAAAACAGAAGUGUGGACUUCCAGGCACAAGCGGUUGCGGGCCGGGGCGGGAGGGAGUGGGUGCUCGUUGGUUGUUUGCACGGUGGGAUCGGGAGUGAAUCAGGAAGUGCUUGGUCCAGCUUCUUGUUGUCAAGAAUAAAGGAAGACGGACCAGAACACGAAUGAAGGAAUGAAGGAAUGAGUGAAGACCCUGGGCUUGGCUAUAGCCCACACUUUUCAAGAAAAGGGCACCUUUCUUGAAAGGGGAUUUUUGUGUGAGCCUACCUGAUGUUCAAAUGUGCGCUCAAACUGUUGCAAGAUAUUCGGGACACCCCAGACACGUCUUUGCUGGUUGCUGGCAAUGUGGGGGGCUCCUCGUUUGUGUCUCUUUUGGAAAGAAGUUUGUCCUGAAUGUCGUAUGGGUAGUUUUAGGGCGUGGUCUCGUAUGUGAAUUUGGAUUUAUAAAGGGGGAUGUUUUCUCUUUAAAAGAAAGCUGAUGGGAAAAGCAGAAGUUUGCCAAGCUUUUAUUUGCCGCAACUGGCUUAUAAAGGAGAAAUCGUAGUGGA